UUGAAUUCUAGGCAAUAGAUUUAUUAAAUAAGUUUAUUUAUGUCCUUGCGUGAUGGCAGCCGCUGCCGAGGAUAUAGGCGUGUUCUCCUUGCGCCUGGUCAUCGCCGACUUCUACAUGGAGAAGCCACAGUUCGGACUGGAUCCCUGCUACUCCGAGUUGCGCGGCAAGGAGAUCAAGCGGGUGCCGGUGGUGCGGGUAUUUGGAGGCAACUCCAGGGGCCAGAAGACCUGCAUGCAUGUCCACGGAGUGUUCCCGUACUUCUACAUUCCGUACGACAAGAAGGACUUUGAGUCCCUGGAGCGCGGCAUCCUGCAGAUAGCCAUGCACCUGGACAAAGCCAUCAAUAUAUCCCUGGGCCAGGGCAGCUCCAAUGCCCAGCAUGUCUUCAAAAUACAGCUGGUCAAGGGGAUACCCUUCUACGGCUAUCAUCGCGUGGAGCAUCAGUUUCUCAAGAUCUACAUGUUCAAUCCGCGCUUCGUGCGCCGCGCCGCCAAUCUUCUCCAGAGCGGCGCCAUCCUCAGCAAGAACUUCAACGCGCACGAGUCACAUGUGCCCUACAUCCUGCAGUUCAUGAUCGACUACAACCUGUACGGGAUGAGCUACCUGCACGUGCCGCUGGAGGUGCUCAAGUUCCGGCGCAGCCACGAAGACGAGGUGGUUCCCUAUCCGAAUGUCAAGCCCGCCCAGCUGCUGGACACCAUUAGCGUGAGGAAGGUGGCCUGCAGUGCCUUGGAGGUCGACGUCAGCUCGAGCUUCAUCCUGAAUCGAUUUCAGUUGGUGACCAAGAGCAAGGGCCGCCAUACCAAUCCGGGCAUCGAGGCCAUAUGGAACGAUGAGAGCAUGCGGCGCCAGAAGCUGGUCGAAAAGCACACCGCAGCCGGGGAAGAAGAGAAAGUACAAGCGGUGCCAGAAUUGAAGCUGCCGGAGACUCAGGAGAGACUUCUGGUGGAAAGAGCCGAGAGCGAUAUCUUCUACCGGACCGCUUUGGAAAGCAAGCUGAUGACCCUGGAGCAGUCCACAUUGUCCGAUCAAACGCUCUCAGAUCAGACAAGUGUGGCCAAUGUCACCAUGCAGACCACCUUGCCCAGCAGCAAGGAGCAGCGGCGCACUUGGAAUUUGCAAAAGCUUCUGGCCAACGCCGUUUAUCCCGAGGAAUGCUCCCAGGAUCAGCAGCAGCUGCUGGUCAAUGCCUCCUUCAUUCAAAAUCAUGUGGCCUGCAGCAGUGGGAGCGGCAGUAAUGUCAGUCUUCCAGUUGCAAAAGACGAUUCCGAGUGCAUGGACGCUACAUUGGUGGAUGAGGAGCUUAUUCUGAGUCUCUCACAGCCACAUGGCGCAAUCCCCCACGAUGCCACCUUGAGGGAGGAGGACCUGGAGCUAUUGGAGGCGUUGCAGCAGCUUGAGGAGCAGAAUGACAACGAGUCCCCGGUGGAUUUGGACAGCUCAUUGGCUCCCUUAUCGCAGCCGCAUAAAAACUUUGAGCUGACUCCAGAGCUCUUGAGCAAGGAGACUGGGCUUGCUCUGGCCGACGAGGACUGUGAUUCCGAUGAGGAUGAGGGCGAGAGUACGCGGCAUGACUUCUCCACUGCCCUCGAUGACAUCGAUGAGCUGCUGCAUAAGCUAACCCAAAGUCAGCCCGAACCAAAGCCCGUAGAUCCUUCCACAAAGCUGCCACAAAUCGAUGGAGCCGACGAUGGCCUCCAACUUACGCCCAAAAAGCUAAGGAGCUCCAAGUCCAGGGUGACGAGUCCUCCCAAAACUCCUCCUACCACGCCCAGCCGCAUGAAGUCGCCCCGCACCCCCAAGACCAGUGCGGCCAAGAAGUACGCACCGCUGCCUUUGACAAUUGGCAGUAGUUCUUCAGCGAUGAAAAUUAGUGAGGAAACCACAAGGAAGGCAGUGAAUCCCCGGCUUAGCUUGCAACUUGAUCAGAAACCCAGAACUCUUGGGCCCGAGCUAUCGUUACGCAAGAAACUGGCGAUGACAGAGCUGCGGCGAAAAAGUGUUGAGGAAUCCAACAGUUUUAUACGCUUACAAAACGACCUAACACCUCUACGCAGCUCCAGACGAUCCACACGCAACUUGGACAAGACACAUGUGAUUUGCUCUUUUACGCCGCGGGAUAGGAAUCCCAGUUUCUCCGACAUGUUUGAAAGCGCCGAUGGUGAGCGUGAGCCAGAAGACGAGGAGAAGCAGCCACGAAGAAGUGCACGCUACCAGGUUAAGGAUAAGGCUAAUGCCGGUGAAGGAGGUGAGAAAACCAAAACAAAGAAGGUUACAAGCCAAAAGUCCAAGGAUACAAAAUUGGAAGAGAAAAAGCCACGUCGUAGUGCUCGUCAUCAGGAACAGAUGGAGCAUAGAAGUACAGAAAAAGAAUGGAAUGAUCCUAAAGUUCAAGAGCAGCCUCAAACUCAAAAUACAACAGAAAGAGCAAAGAUAUUGCUUCAGGAGGCAGCAAAUCCCAGUCCUCAGCCAAGGACACGAAAAAAGCCUGAAAGUCACGUUAAACAAAUUAAAGAACCCCAAAAUGGCACUGCUAAAAAAGCUGUUGGAGCAAACACUCCCAAGUCGAAGGUCGAAGAUGUACAAAAAGAACUCUUUCCGCCUGAACCAGCUCCUACUUCCCCAAAGAAAUCCCCUAAUCCCAGCGAAGAAGAGUACAAAUUCGCACUAAGCGAUGAAGAAGAGGUCAUUGAGUCCGAUACAGAGGCUGAAAAAAUGCCCAUAAAGCUGCGAAAAACUCCCAAUCUGCGACGUCUGCGUAAAAGUUUAGGCUCCAACCUAACUCCUAGCACAAGCCAAGCUCCACCAGAGAUCAGGAACACUCCUCGCUCAAGCCAAGAUCCACCAGAGUUUGAGAUCACUCCUCGCUCAAGCCAAAGGAGCAAUGAGAGCCACACUCCCGAGCUAAUGAAAAGCUUCUACGAGCACUCACUAAUCGUUAAUAGUCCUUCGGUGUUCAGUGAUGCAGUUGAGAGUCCCGCGAUGCCUUCGGCCUCUCCUCCUCGCCCCUGCACUCCCAAAAAAUCAUCCUUUGUGAUAACUCCUUUGGAACUGCCGCCCUCCUACGAUGAAGUGCUUCGUGGCUGCCGCAAGCUGGACAUUCCCGAGUUCGAGUUCCAGCAGCCCUUUUACAGCGAUCCAGCGGAUGUGAGCAAGGUGACGGAAGUCGGCUUCCUGGUGCUGCACAUACCCGGCAACAAGCUCAACGACUGCGAGCCCUUCCAGAGUGCCCUGGGCAAUGAUCGUGGCCUUGCCUCUUGGAGGCGACAGCAAUUGAUUGCCAUUGGUGGACCGGCAAUGCUGCAGCGGCAUCGAGGAGAGCAGCGUAUGCGGGAGUUCUUUAGCAGCCGACAAAAGGUAGUGGUGGAACCUGCCCAGAGUGCGCCCACACCGCAGGAUGCCAAGGUGUGGCUGAAGGCCCAGGAAGUGCUCCGUCAACGGGGGGAAAUUGUGAAGACAACCGGAGAUGUGGAUAGCCCCAUCAAGAUCAAGCGCCAGAAAAUCACCAUGAUGCUGCAGGCUGAGGGAGCCGAAGCGGGGGGAAGUGGUGAAGAGGAUGCUGGGGAGGAGUUGGACUGCAGCCUAAGCCUUACACCCUUAUCCCAAGCGAAGGGCAAGAGCAAGGAGACUCCAAUCAGCAGCAAGGCCAAAGAAGCACCUAAAAUUCGCCUAAAACGCGGCACAAGACUCAGUUUCAAGGAAGCCCAGCGGGAGGAGGAGGAGGUGGCCAGCUCACAGUCUAGCGAGCAGAGCGCCUCCAGCAGCGCUGUCCAGGCGGAGCUAGAGCGGAGUUCCUUUCUCCGCCAGCUAGAGGGAGCCUGUGGCCAGGCCCAGCAGCACGAUCUUAGCUUCGGACUGAGUCAUGCCACCCUGGACAAUACGUUCGGCUUCAAGGUGAACCUGGAGAACCUGCAGCAGGCUAAGGCGGACAUUGAGUGUAACCACCUGACCAUCAUGACUCUGGAAGUGUUUGUGUGCACGCGAGGCGAACUCCAGCCGGAUCCGAUGCACGACGAGAUCCGCUGCUUGUUCUACGCCAUCGAACACAGUCUGCCGGAUGAGAGCCUGCCCAGCAAGGCCUGUGGCUAUAUAAUGGUGAACAAUGCCCAGGAUUUGCUGAGCGAAGGGUUCACGCACGGGUUGGACCGCGAUAUUGAGGUGCAAGUGGUGGGCAGUGAAGCGGAGGCCUUUGAGGCUUUGCUGGUGCUAUGUGGGCGCUGGGAUGCAGACAUAUACGCUGGCUACGAGAUCGAGAUGUCCUCCUGGGGCUAUGUGAUCGAUCGGGCCAAGCAUCUGUGCUUCAAUAUCGCUCCUCUCCUAUCCCGAGUGCCCACACAGAAGGUUCGGGACUUUGUGGACGAGGAUCGGGAGCAGUUCACCGACCUGGACGUGGAGAUGAAGCUGUGCGGUCGCAUCCUGUUAGAUGUUUGGCGGUUGAUGCGCUCUGAGAUUGCCCUGACGUCGUACACCUUCGAAAACGUGAUGUACCAUAUCCUGCACAGACGAUGUCCCUGGCACUCGCCCAAGGCGCUCAGCGAGUGGUUUGCCUCGCCCUGUACACGCUGGAUCGUGAUGGAAUACCAUCUGGAGCGGGUGCGUGGCACCUUGGCUCUGCUGGAUCAGUUGGAUCUCCUGGGGCGCACCAGCGAAAUGGCCAAGCUCAUUGGCAUCCAGUUCUACGAGGUGCUGUCGCGAGGUUCCCAGUUUCGCGUGGAGAGCAUGAUGCUGAGAAUCGCCAAGCCAAAGAACCUGGUGCCUUUGUCUCCGAGUGUCCAGCAGAGGGCUCACAUGCGGGCUCCUGAGUAUCUGGCCCUCAUCCUGGAACCCCAAUCCCGCUUCUAUGCCGAUCCGCUGAUUGUCCUGGACUUCCAGAGCCUGUACCCCAGCAUGAUCAUAGCCUACAACUACUGUUUUUCCACAUGCCUGGGGAGAGUGGAGCACUUGGGAGGGAGUUCGCCCUUCGAAUUCGGCGCCUCGCAGCUGCGCGUCUCCCGGCAGAUGCUGCAGAAGCUGCUGGAGCACGAUCUGGUCACCGUGUCGCCUUGCGGCGUGGUCUUUGUGAAGCGUGAGGUGCGCGAGGGGAUCCUGCCGCGCAUGCUCACCGAGAUCCUGGACACGCGCCAAAUGGUCAAGCAGUCGAUGAAGCUGCACAAGGAUAGCUCCGCCCUGCAGAGGAUUCUGCACUCCCGCCAGUUGGGUCUGAAGCUGAUGGCGAACGUCACAUACGGCUACACGGCAGCCAACUUUAGUGGACGAAUGCCGGCAGUCGAGGUGGGUGACUCGGUGGUGUCCAAGGGACGCGAAACCUUAGAGCGAGCCAUCAAGCUGGUGGAGGCGAAUGAAGAGUGGAAGGUGCGCGUUGUCUACGGCGAUACGGACUCUAUGUUUGUCCUGGUUCCGGGACGAAAUCGAGCCGAAGCCUUUCGGAUUGGCGAGGAGAUUGCCCAGGCCGUCACCGAGAUGAAUCCACAGCCGGUGAAGCUGAAGCUGGAGAAGGUCUACCAGCCGUGCCUGCUGCAGACCAAGAAGCGCUACGUGGGCUACAUGUACGAGACAGCCGACCAGGCACAGCCCGUCUUUGAGGCCAAGGGCAUUGAGACGGUGCGGCGGGAUGGUUGCCCGGCGGUGGCCAAGAUGCUGGAGAAGGUGUUGCGUAUGCUAUUCGAGACGCAGGACGUCAGUCAAAUCAAGCAGUACGUCUGCCGGCAGUUCACCAAGCUGCUCUCUGGUCGGGCCAACCUGCAGGACCUGAUCUUUGCCAAGGAGUUUCGCGGCCUUAACGGCUACAAGCCCACGGCCUGUGUCCCGGCUCUGGCACUUACACGAAAAUGGAUGCAAAAGGAUCCCAGGCGUAUUCCGCGUCGCGGAGAGCGGGUUCCCUUCAUCAUAGUGAAUGGCCCACCGGGUAUGCAGCUCAUCCGGCUGGUGCGCAGUCCCCACGACAUUCUGGCCCACGAGGGGCACAAGAUCAAUGCCAUGUACUACAUCACCAAGGCCAUUAUACCGCCGUUGAACCGCUGCCUUCUGCUCAUCGGAGCUGAUGUCCAUGAUUGGUUUGCCAGUCUGCCGCGCAAGCUCUUGAUGACGCCGGCCGUGGGUACGGCCAACGAGCUGGCCGGAGGAGGCAGAGGCGCCAAGUCGACCAUCUCGCAGUAUUUCUCCACCACCAGCUGCAUCAUAGAUUGUGGCCGCCAGACCAAGGCGGGCAUAUGUCCAGAUUGCUUAAAGAAUGCCUCCAGGUGUGUGGUUGUGCUCUCGGAUAAGACGGCGCGCCUGGAGAGGGGCUAUCACCUGACCCGACAGAUCUGCCAGGCCUGCUGCGGUCGUCUGGGUGACCUUCAAUGCGAUUCCCUGGACUGCCCUGUUCUGUAUGUGCUGGAGGGAAAGCGGCGGGAACUGCAGCAAAUUGGACACAUUGAAAGGCUGUUAGAAGAGCACUUCAGCUGACCAAUUCACUUGGGGUGUAUAUAUAUAUAUUUUAACUUUCCGCCUUCGGCUUACAAAAGUUAAAGUUACAUUCACUUCAGAUUACUUCUGAUGCUGUUCUGCGUGUAUAAUACUAGAGGAGUUGUUAACUAUUGAUAUUGUUUAUGUUUGCCGUGUAUUGAUUAUUGAUUGUGAGCUAUGAGCAUGCAGGCUGCAAUAAAUGAAUGCAUUAAUGUUUACUUA